UUUUUGUAUGGUCUUAUUAUUGUUCCAGAGCUUUGAAUCCAGUCUGGUGUAUGGAGCUGAUCCUGGAGGGAGAAAGCAAGAACUUUGAAGGAAUUAAAGCGUAUGCUAGACAAGUUCAACCAACUUCCCAUGAGAGACGCACUUGGUGUCUAGCCCAGAGUUUGGUAUCUUAUGGGCUAAAAAAUAAAUAUCAAUGUGUUGGCCUUAUUCCGGCUGAGGAUCACCUUGCAAGUGUAUACGUUCCUUUGUCCUAAAGAUUGGAACUCAAAGUCCAUGGACUCUGCAGUUGCUGAACCAUUUCUGGAAGUUACCAGCACUGAUCUUAAAGAAGAGAAAUUAUGGACCACAGUUACCAAUGGAUCAGUUAGACUGCGGAUUGACUCUUCCUGUCCUCAGACUCCUGUAACCGUGCAUGAUAUGUUUUUAGAAUGUGUCGAUAAAUAUGGCUUCCUAAAUGCACUUUCAAGCAAGAAAAAUGGUCUAUGGGAACAUAUUACAUUCAAGGAGUAUUAUCAACUGUGUCGUCAAUCUGCCAAGGCGUUCCUCAAGCUUGGAUUGAAGCGAUUCCAUAGUGUUGGUGUUCUUGGCUUUAAUUCACCAGAAUGGUUUAUAUCAGCGGUGGGAACAAUAUUUGCUGGGGGAAUUACAACUGGGAUUUACGCAACCAAUUCCCCUGAAGCAUGCCAUUAUGUCGCAAAUGACUGCAGAGCAAACAUUAUAGUGGUUGAAAAUCACAAACAGUUGGAGAAGAUUUUACAGAUAUGGGAAAAGUUGCCUCAUCUCAAAGCUGUUGUACAAUAUAAAGGCAGUUUACAAGUCAAGCGUUCAGAUCUAUACACGUGGAAAGAGUUUAUGGAACUGGGCAAUGAUAUCAGUGAUGACCAGCUGGAUGAUGUCAUACACUCCCAGAAGCCCAACCAGUGCUGCAUUCUUAUCUAUACCUCCGGAACCACUGGAAACCCAAAAGGAGUGAUGUUAAGUCAUGAUAAUAUCACCUGGACAGCCGCUCAUGCCAGUCGUGCUGGAGACAUGCAUCCUGCAGAAAUCCAACAAGAGUGUGUUGUCAGUUACCUACCUCUUAGUCAUAUUGCUGCUCAAAUAUAUGACCUGUGGACAGGAAUCAAGUGGGGAGAACAUGUGUACUUUGCAAAUCCGGAUGCUUUAAAGGGUACUCUGGUGGACACACUGAAAGAGGUACAACCCACAGCUCAUAUGGGAGUCCCACGAGUCUGGGAGAAGAUCAUGGAGCACAUUAAAGAGGCGACAGCACAAUCAGGAAUAGUCAGGAAAAAGAUGCUGUCCUGGGCAAUGUCUGUCAGUCAGGAGACAAACAAGAAUCCACCAAGGAAUGGUGAAUUGAAGCCGUUUCUCCCAGCUGUGGCGGACUUCUUCAUCUUAUCCAAAAUUCGCAAGAUGUUGGGUUUUUCCCACUGCCAGAAACACUUCUCAGGCGCGGCUCCAAUCUCUGCAGAAACACUGGAAUUUUUCAUGGGCCUCAAUAUUACUUUAUAUGAAGCCUAUGGCAUGAGUGAGACCACAGGGCCCCACGUGAUGUCGAGCCCUCACAUUCAUCGGUUUCAGAGUUGUGGCAAGGCUGUUCCCGGAUGCCAAAUGAAGUUUGUGAACAAAGACUCAGAUGGAAAUGGAGAAAUCUGUUUCUGGGGGCGGACAGUCUUCAUGGGCUACUUGAAUAUGGAGGAUAAGACUAGAGAAGUUUUUGACGAGGAUGGUUGGUUACAUUCAGGAGACAUUGGGAAGAUAGAUUCUGAAGGCUUCCUGCAAGUGACAGGCAGAAUCAAAGAGCUGAUCAUUACUGCGGGUGGAGAGAACAUUCCUCCUAUUCUGAUUGAAGAUGCCGUAAAAAGACACUUACCAAUUGUAAGCAAUGCAGUGCUUAUUGGAGAUCGAAAGAAGUUUCUGUCCAUGCUUCUUACCCUUAAGAGCACUGUGGACCUAGAUACUUUGGAACCACUGGAUAAACUUACCCCAGAAGCAAAACUAUUUUGUCUUGAAGUUGGCAGUAAAGCAACAACAGUAUCUGAGAUUGUGGGACAAAAAGACAAGGCUGUUUACAGAGCUAUACAAGAAGGCAUAGACAAGGUCAACAGUAAAGCAGUGUCUAACGCUCAGCGUAUCCAGAAAUGGACAAUCCUCCCUAAGGAUUUCUCAAUCAUUGGUGGUGAAUUGGGACCAACAAUGAAAAUAAAGCGGCAUGCCAUCUUAGACAAGUACAGUAAAGAUGUAGAAGCUUUCUAUUGACCAGAAGAAUUUUGCUCCAAUAAAAACCAUCAAUAAAAAUAAAGUCUACUGAAGAAAUUAUAUUUGUAGUAUCUAAAAAUAUUUUCUGACAAGUCCCAUAAAGUAUAAUGUGUGCUAUAAAAAGUUAAAGUAGGCGAUAAAAAAUGUUUACCAUGUUAAAAUGUAACUACAAUAAAGUUAUCUAGAUAUCUGUGGAAUAAAAAUGUACACCUCUUUCCUCAGAUGCCCCAUCAACGCCUCUGAUUGUGUACACCUUCAAUAGAAAACUGCAUUCUACCUGAAAAUAAACGUAUAAUCCAA